GUUUUGUUGCCGUGAUCUUUGUUGUCUUCCGGUACGGACAUUAGCCAAGAAAAUGGCUCGUUUUCUGCCCUUUAAAGUUGCAGUUUUUUUCACUGUUUUGUUCUUUAUGUGUACAGAUUUUAUAUGUUGUAACAACGGGCGACGGGUUGGUGAGUCUUUGGAGACUGAGUUAAGUGGUUUCUCGGUACCUCUUGAACACUCUUUUGAACUCGACGAUACAGGAAAGUUUCAGGUCCGAGGCUCGUUACAGCUGAAACCUGGCCGGGAGCCCAGCGUCUCGCUCACACAGAACCAGCUCUCAGAGGAGGACAGAGCAAAACUGAAGGAAGUGGCUGCAGUGGACGGUCUCUACAGAAUCCGAGUUCCUCGUGUUUUCCUGCAGGCCGACCGACAGACGGAGUGGCAGAUGGAAGGCCACCUCACAGCGUUUGUCAGAGCUUGUGCCAUGGUUGAGUCCCACCUGAGUGAUGUCAUCACGCUCCACACCGACGUCUCUGGAUACCUGAUUGGUGUCUCCAUAGUGACGAUACCUGGAGCCUGCAGAGGCACCGAGGUUGAAGAUGAAGUGGAUCUUGAGGUUUUCAACACCACGCUCAGCAUCAUGGCUCCCGUCAACGCUCCCGGACCUGAGACGGCUCUGUUCCUCGAACGAAUGGAACAAGAAACUGAAAAGAAAGGAAAGAAUCCACAGGAGCAGAAAUCCUUCUUCGCUAAAUAUUGGAUGUACAUCGUGCCUCUCGUCCUCUUCCUGAUGAUGUCCGGCGCUCAGGACCAAUCAGGAGGAGGCGCUGGCGGCGGCGCUGCCAACGGAGGAGGUCGAUGAUCCAACACGCCGACGGUUUUCCUGCUGAACGUUGACCGAACAAUGAGUUUCUCCAACAGGUUUUAUUUGCUCUACAUAAAACUGUUUAAGGAGGGGAAAUAUUCGUCAGAUCCAUCUUUGACAUGUAAAGUUUAAAGUAGAUAUUGUGACCCGCAGAUGACUGCACUUUUAUUACUAAUGUGAAAAUAAAGUAUUUAUUACUUGA